GUUGCCCUCACUUGCCCACUGCACACACUCCAGUGGUAUCAGAGAUGAGAAGGAUUAGAUGACAGAGAGCCGCGUUCGUUUUCCUCCCCAGGAGAAGAGAGAGCAGCCAUGGAGUUAAAGGUGCAGGGUAAGAGGAAGAGGGACUCCUAUGUUUUAGGAUGGCCAGUGAAGGCUCCACUAUUCCCAGUCCCGUCGUCCGCCAAAUUGACAAGCAGUUCUUGAUCUGCAGCAUAUGUCUGGACCGCUACGAAAACCCCAAAGUACUGCCCUGCCUGCACACCUUCUGUGAGAGGUGCCUGCAGAAUUACAUCCCGGCCCACAGCCUCACACUGUCGUGCCCCGUGUGCCGCCAGACCUCAAUCCUGCCGGAGAAAGGUGUGGCGGCGUUGCAGAAUAACUUCUUCAUCACCAACCUGAUGGACGUGCUGCAGCGGGCGCCGGACAGCUGCAGCCAGGAGGCCGCCGCUCUCAACAACAUCACCACUGUGGCUACAGGCCAGCUGCUCUCCUGCCCCAACCAUGGAGGCAGUGUCAUGGAGUUUUACUGUCCUCCGUGUGAGACAGCCAUGUGUCAGGAGUGUACGAGUGGGGAACACGGAGAACAUCCUACUGUGCCUCUCAAAGACGUAGUGGAGCAACACAAGGCCUCGUUACAGGACCAGCUCGACGCCGUCAAGAAGAGGUUACCAGAGAUCGACUCGGCCCUGCACACGCUGUCAGAGAUCCUGCAGCAGCUGACCAAUCAGAAGAGCUCCAUUGAGGACGACAUCCAUUCUACGUUCGAUGAGCUGCAGAAGACCCUCAACGUCCGCAAGAGCGUUUUAUUAAUGGAGCUGGAGGUCAACUACGGCCUCAAGCAGAAGGUGCUCCAGGCCCAGCUGGAUACUCUGCUGCAGGGCCAGGAGGGCAUCAACAGCAGCUGCAACUUCACGGAGCAGGCCCUGAGCCACGGCACCGAGGCCGAGGUGCUGCUGGUGAAGAAGCAGAUGGGUGAGCGUCUCAUGGAGCUGGCCAGCCAGGAGCUUCCUCUGCAGCCCGGAGAGAACGACCAGCUGGACUUCCUGGUGGAGACAGAAGGACUCAAGAAGUCCAUCCACAACCUGGGCACUAUUGUGACCACUAACGCUGUGGCCUCUGAGACUGUGGCAACAGGUGAAGGGCUACGACACUGCGUGGUGGGCGUGCCCACAUCCAUCACCAUAACCACUAAGGACAAAGAUGGAGAGCUGUGCAAGAUGGGCAACGCAGUCAUCACCGCUGAAAUCUCCUCACCUGACGGCAGCAAAGGUGACGGAGAGAUAAUGGACAGCAAGAAUGGCACGUAUGAGUACCUUUUCACAGCUCCCAAGGAGGGCGCUUUUAAUUUAUCACUGCGCCUAUAUGACCAACAUAUCAAAGGAAGCCCCUUUAAGAUAAAGGCCACCAAGUCCAUAGAUGUGUCGCCAACUUCAGACGGCAUGAAGAAGAGGCUGAAGUCUCCAGGCAGCGGACACAUCAAACAGAAGGCCAUCAAGAGGCCGGCCAGUAUGUACAGCACCGGCAGGAGGAAAGAGAACCCCAUAGAGGACGACCUCAUCUUCAGAAUUGGCACAAAGGGAAGAAACAAAGGGGAGUUCACUAAUCUGCAGGGAGUGGCUGCAUCCUCUCUGGGAAAGGUGCUGAUAGCAGACAGCAACAACCAGUGUGUCCAGAUUUUUUCCAACGAUGGCCAGUUCAAAAGUCGUUUUGGUGUCCGGGGCAGGACUCCGGGUCAGCUGCAGCGGCCCACAGGCGUAGCCGUCCACCCAAAUGGUGACAUCAUCAUCGCCGACUAUGACAACAAAUGGGUCAGCAUCUUUUCAAGCGAGGGCAAGUUUAAGAAUAAGAUCGGCUCGGGGAAGCUGAUGGGCCCUAAAGGCGUGUCGGUGGACAGAAACGGACACAUCAUCGUGGUCGACAACAAGGCCUGCUGCGUCUUCAUCUUUCAGGUCAACGGCAAGCUGGUCACCAAGUUCGGUAACCGUGGCAACGGUGACAGGCAGUUUGCAGGCCCUCACUUUGCUGCUGUCAACAACAACAAUGAAAUCAUUGUGACAGACUUCCACAACCACUCAGUCAAAGUGUUCAACACAGAAGGGGAAUUCUUGCUGAAGUUUGGUUCUAAUGGCGAAGGCAACGGCCAGUUCAACGCCCCCACAGGAGUGGCAGUGGAUGUCAACGGAAACAUUAUAGUAGCAGACUGGGGCAACAGCAGGAUACAGGUGUUUGAUGGCAGCGGUUCGUUCCUGUCUUACAUCAACACAUCAGCAGACCCGCUCUAUGGCCCACAGGGACUGGCGCUCACCUCUGAUGGACAUGUUGUGGUUGCUGAUUCUGGCAACCACUGCUUCAAAGUCUACCGCUACCUGCAGUAGCCCUUCUCCUCUCAAUGCACAACCUGUACAGUGUAUAUAUACCUAUAUACACACACACACACACACACACGCUAGGAUGGAUGGACUGGAAGAU